CUCAUUAAAUAUGAGCUGGCCAACCUAUGACAGAUCUGAGGCCAGAAAUACUGCCAGGCAGAACAAUGUCAAAUAUUGAGAGGAUAGGAGGAGGUUGACGUAUUGAUUGAGGCUAAGCUUCAGCCCUAACCCUGUUAGGGGCACUCCCAACCAAAUGCAUUUUUUACUAAGAGUGUGGCUCUAAAACUUAAAACUAGCUCACUCAACCUCUGAAUCGUGGGUGGGUAAAAGUACAAGCCAGGACUUGAAGCCGAGCGAGUGGACUGCAAAUGGCCGCGCCGAGCAAAGACUACCCUGCGCUUAUCCGGUCUGAAGCCAGAAAAACACGCGACACACCCUAACCCAAUCCGCCACACCCAUUCCAACCCGGUCCGGUUAUCGAGCCUCAGCCCCGGCACCAGCUGUCACGCCCCCUAAGCCUGGAUAUUGAGCUGAUCCACCCGUGAAGUGGGCCCACGUUUUCCUGCUUUUCUGGCCCUUCAACUCCUGUCUGUGUGUGUGUGUAGAUGUAGGUUUGGAGGGACGUAUGGAUGGAUGUAUUGUGCGCACGAGUGGGUCAGCACUGAAUUAGUCAGGGAGUGAGUGUGGGGGCUUUCUCGCCAUAUCUAUUUCCAGUCCUCGUGGGUUGGCUGAUACGACCCACCUCCCACGUCCCACCUCCCAUCAACCCCACCCACCCCCUUUCGGUUAUUGUCAUUGCCAUUAUUGGCCCCUGCAAACUCGGUGGGGUUCGUUUCAUGCCAUGAUGAGUCCCUCGGCCGUGUCCGAGUCGCCCACGCCACGCGAUCGACCGUCUGAGACGGUGCUGUCCGUGCCACUGGCCACGCUCUCGGGCGCCUCCUCCUCGGGCGGCGUGUCCUCGUCCUUGCCGGUGUCCGGCGGGUCCAGCGCUUCUUCGGGCGAGCCCGUGGAUUUGAGUUACUUCCAGGCGGCCUUGAGCUUUCACCCGGCUUGGCCCGAGGGCGACAUCCCCAAUGACCCGGGCAAGAUGUUCAUCGGCGGCUUGUCGUGGCAGACCACGCCCGAGAGCAUCCGGGAAUACUUCUCCUUGUUCGGAGACCUGGCCGAGGUCAUGGUCAUGAAAGACCCGGCCACUCGCCGCUCACGCGGCUUCGGCUUCAUCACGUUUUGCGAGCCGUCCUCGGUGGAAAAGGUGCUGAGCAUCCCCGUGCAUCAUCUGGAUGGGAAGAAUGUGGAGCCCAAAGUGGCCGUGCCCCGGAAAACCAAUCCCAAGUUAGUGAUGCGGACCAAGAAGAUCUUUGUGGGCGGCUUGUCGGCCACCACCAGCCUCGAGGAUGUCAAAGCCUACUUCGAACAGUUCAGCAAGGUCAAGGAUGCCAUGUUGGCUUACGACAAGGUCACCAAUCGCCACCGUGGUUUCGGCUUUGUCACCUUUGACAACGAUGAGGUCGUGGAUAAGAUCUGUGAGAUCCACUUCCACGAAAUCAACGGCAAAAUGGUAGAGAGCAAAAAGGCCUUGCCCAAAGAGCCCCGAGGUGGGUACGGGGGUAAUGGCGGUGGUGCUUAUUACCAAAUGAGCGGUGGCCAGCCCCAGUACUCGACUUACGACAACAAUAACUCCUACUGUAUGGGCGUGGCACCUCAACGGAGCGCGUACCCCCGUUUCGCGGCCAAGACUUACAAUCAAUACUACGGCGGGCGAGCGGAUGGACCCGUCAGCAAUCAAAGCAAUUACAACAAUCAAGUUCAUCAGCACCAUAGCAAUAAUAAUGGUGGCAUGAGCAACUUCGACAACCACAAUUACCACCACAACGGGCACCGCUACGAGUCCUCAACGGGCUCCACGGGGGGCGUGGCCGACCUGAGCCACACCUCGCCUAUGAUGUCCAAACCGGGGUCCAUGGGGGGCACCUUCAGCAACACAAAAUACAACCAGUACUUGAAUGAUCGCAACUACGGCAUGUUCACCUCGUCCUCGGCCUUGGGAGGCGGGCCACAACCCGGUGGGCUGGGCGACGAGAACGAGCUCGAAGACCACGAGGGCGUCUUGGCCUUCAGGAAGGACCCGUCCGUCUAUACGGGCGGAUUAGGCGGGGGGCGUGGCGGUGGGAGUUCGUCCAACAUGGACGACUUCCCGCCUCUCAACAACUGCAAUAUGAAUGGGAACAACCCGCGAUCAAGCCUCGGCUCGUUCUGAGUUCCCACCCACUCCUUGAUCCAUCGAGGAGCCAUUCUUGUGCCUAAUUCCUGCUUACACUCUCUCUCUCUCUCUCUCCCUCCCUAUCUCUUUCUUUGUCUUCUUCAUGUUCUUCUUUCCUCUUUCAUUCAUUCGUUCAUUUCCCCUUCCAAGAAAACAAGCUAAUGCUGUGACUUUGUUAGAAACUAGUUUCUCUUUGUCUCCUCCUUGUGGGGGACAUGUAGACCCCCCCUCCCCCCGAGAAGAAGGAAUUCGUCAAGGUUUAUAUGAAUGUAUAGAUAUAAAAUGACCGCACACAAACACUCUCUCAGUUCCCGUUUGAUGAUCGUGAUGCCUUGUUGUUCAGAAAUGACCACUUGAGGCUUCUUUCUCACUCAAAGAAGACCCAGUAUGACGUAAAUUUGAAGAUAAUUUCAUGCUCUCUUUCUCUCUUCUCCUCUCCUCGUUGUUUCGUCCCUCUGAUGGAUGUCUGUGAAUAACCCCCGCUAUCUAUCUAUCUAUCUACAUAAGUCUAUGUUGCUUUUGUUUACAUGUCUGUGAAUCGCCUUGAUCAAAAGAAACCAAAUCAACGCUUUCAAUCGUAGAAUGUUCGAUAAAUGUCACCGCAAUUCAAUGUCGUUUUGCCCUCACCAGAUAGAAGAAAGAACACAAAUUCACCCUGGAAAUCCUACACAAAAAAUACACCCAUAUCGAAAAAGGUGCUAGCCAAUAAUAAGUUUUGUCCCCCCAUGCCCGACUUUUAUCCCCGUUCUGGAUGUCAUUUAAACAAGAAAGAAUGAUUAGUGUAUUUGCAUCCUGAUCGAUCUAUAUAUAUAUACACAUACACACACCCACACCCACAUUUAUAUGAUACUGAUAACUUGAAAAGAAAUAGUGCUGCAGGACCUACUAGGAUCCUGGUUGAUACAUAUAUGAUAUAACAGAAUUUCUAGAUUCCCUUUCGAUAUUUGCUCGCUCUCUAUAAAUCCCUCUACACUGGAAAAAAACCGACUCCUGACCAAAUAAUCAUUAAUCGCUAUUAGAAUCAUUCGAACUAAAUCGUCGUGUUAUGUUAGAAUAAUGAUAAUAAUAAUAAAAACUCCCGCCAGUUCAUCAAAACCA